AUGUCAUACGGCCAACAAUUCAAGAUACGCGAGGUGCCCCCGAUCGUGCAGGAGCUGGUGGCCGGCGGCGUGCAGGAGCCGCCGGGCCAGUACGUGGUCCCCGAGCAAGACCGUCCGGCCGCGGCGGCGGUCUCGGAGAUACCCGAGCCCAUCCCCGUCGUCGACCUCAGCCGGCUGUCCGCCAACAGCGCCGACGAGCUCGCCAAGCUGCAGUCCGCCUUGCAGAACUGGGACCUCUUCCUGGCCGUUGGACAUGGAAUGGAGCCUGGUUUUCUUGCCGAGGUGACGAAGGCUGUGAGGGAGUUCUUCAAGCUCCCGCUAGAAGAGAAACAGAAGUACUCGAACAUUGUCGACGGUGAGAAGAUGAGCUCGGAUGGGUACGGCAACGACAUGGUCGUCGUGGAAAAUCAGGUCCUUGACUGGAACGACCGGCUCAGCCUCCUGGUGGAACCCGAGUCGGAGAGAGCCUAUGCACUGUGGCCAACGCAGCCACCUUCUUUCAGAGACAUUCUAUGCGAGUACACGGUCCGAUGCAGACCGGUGGCAAACCUUAUGCUGCAAAACCUAGCCAAGCUUCUCAAUUUACAGGAGGAAUACUUGACAACCAUGCUCGGUGAGAAGUCCUUAACCCAAGCUAUAAUCAACUACUACCCUCGGUGCCCCAAGCCGGACCAUGUCUUGGGCCUUAAGCCCCAUACCGAUGCUUCGAUGAUCACGGUCAACUUCAUUGAUGAUGAUGUUAGCGGGCUCCAGCUGCAGAAGAAUGACAUAUGGUACAACGUGCCCAUCGUCCCAAACGCAUUGGUUGUGAACAUAGGGGAUGUAAUGGAGGUAGUGAGCAACGGGUUGUUCAAAAGCCUAGUGCAUAGGGUCGUGACCAAUGCGGAGAAAGAGCGCUUGUCGUUGGUGAUGUUCUACGAGUUGGAGCCAGAGGCGGAGAUUGAGCCGGUGCCAGAGCUGGUGGAUGACAAGAGACCUAGACGGUACGGGAAGAUGAAGAGCAAGGACUACCUAGCGAAAUUCUUUGACACUUAUGCAACAGGGAAACUAGCCAUCGACUCCAUGAAGAUCUGA